AUGUCUGAGAAAACAGAAUUGAAAACAGACGAAGAGCAAAAAACGGAGCCCGAAAAUGCUACCGUGACAUCAGGCUACAAGUGCGACGUGGAAUGCGACAAGACCUUUGCAAGCAAUUCCAAAGGGCUGAGACAAAAAGACGCUCAUUUGAGACAAAAGUGCUCAUUUGAAUGCAACGUUUGUGGAAAGCGCUUCCGUCAAAAGGCUUACGUUAAGACGCAUGAGCUGAUACACACGGGAGGACUUCCUCACGCAUGUGAUCGCUGCCCAAAGCGUUUUCGACUUCUCGAGGGUCUGAAAGGUCACCAGAGGGUUCACUUUGAUGAAAAGCCGUUCUCCUGCGAAACGUGUGGCAGAAAAUUCAAAUGUAAAGCAAGCCUCAGGAGACACCAAGUGACUCACACUAAAGAGAAGCCUCACAAAUGCCUGACCUGUGGAGAGUGCUUCACGCUUCGUCAAAGCCUCAAAGAGCAUUUUAUUCUGAAACACACAACCGAGAGGCCUUACCAAUGCCCACAGUGCAGUAAACGCUUCAAGAGGCCGCAAGAUGUUGGGACACACCAGAAAACACACUCCAGUGUGAAGCCUUACAAAUGUGACCAGUGUGACUUGGCAUUCAAAAGCACAACGGGUCUAAGGAAGCACAAAUUUAGUCACACUGGAGAAAGACCACAUGUUUGUUCUCAGUGUAACGCAGCCUUUGCGCAUCCCUCGAUCCUUCGCAGACAUAAAGCUUUGAAGCAUUCCAAUGAAAGGCCUUUUAAGUGUGACCAGUGCGAGAAGGCCUUCGCUAUAAAGUGUCAUCUUAAGCAACACAAACGAAUCCACACAGGUGAAAGGCCUUUCGAGUGCUGGGUUUGUUUAAAGAGGUUUAGCCGCAGAGAAUACAUAAGAGAGCAUAUUCGCACCCACACUGGAGAAGCA